CCCAAACCCAACGACCAACGCAUUCCCAGUUUCCCACGCCAUUCCCUUCCCCCACCUCUCGUCGCGGCGGAGAUCGCUCGCCGGCGGCGGAGAUGGCCCCGGCCGUGGCGGCGUCGGCGGCGGUGAACCAGGCGCUGAGGGACCGCGACAUACUCGACGCCGUGGGCACCUCCGCCGCCGCGCUCUCGCUCGCGGGCUCUUCCUUCAUCGUGCUCUGCUACCUCCUCUUCCGCGAGCUCCGCAAGUUCUCCUUCAAGCUGGUUUACUUCCUCGCGGUCUCGGAUAUGUUUUGCAGCUUAUUCACUAUUAUGGGGGGCCCAUCAAAUGCAUUCUAUUGUUUUGCGCAUGACUAUAGUGCACACUUCUUCUGCGUGGCUUCUUUUCUAUGGACAACCACUAUAGCAUUCACUCUUCAUCGUACCGUUGUCAAACACAAAACUGAUGUUGAGGAGUUUGGAUCAAUUUUCCACCUGUAUGUGUGGGGAACUUCACUAGCUACCACUGUAUUACGUUCAAUAGGAAGUGAUUAUGGAAGGCCUGGUACCUGGUGUUGGAUCCAACAAGGAAGCAUGGCAAAGGUCUUGCACUUGAUAACCUUUUAUCUUCCACUGUGGGGUGCCAUUCUCUACAAUGGGUAUACGUACUUUCAGGUUAAUCGCAUGAUAAAUAAUGCAACACGGAUGGCUGUUGGCAUAAGUGAUCGAUCAAUACAAUCUGAUGUGAGGGCAGACAAGAAGGCGUUUAAUCGGUGGGGUUAUUACCCUCUCAUUCUAAUAGGUUCAUGGGCUUUCGCAACAAUCAAUCGCCUGCAUGACUUUGUUGAUCCAGGCCACAAGAUAUUUUGGCUCUCCAUUCUUGAUGUUGGGUUUGCUGGACUUAUGGGGCUUUUUAAUUCCAUCGCUUAUGGGCUCAACUCGUCAGUGCGCAGAGCCAUUGCUGAAAGACUUGACAUGUAUCUUCCUGAGAAAUUUAAAAGGAGCCUCCCUACUCUGACAAGAUUUAAAAGUCAGCAAGAAAAUGAACUUACUUCUCUUAUUGUCGAUGCAAGUAACAACACAUAGGAAUUUUCUAGCAUAGUGAAUUUGUUCAUAUCUUGUGGGUUUUUCAAUUCCAGAAAGGGUAUGUUGCAUUACUGUAGAGCAAUUGUUUAGCAUUAACCACUGUUAGCGUGUGUAAUAGUUCCCCUGCGGUCCUUUGUUGAUUGCUUUGAACAUGAGCAGUGUAUAAUGAAUAUCUGCAGUACAUAAGAGGUUAGGAGAUAGGCAACUCGGAUGUUCUUUUUUAUGUACGCCAUCAUGUUUUGCUUUUUA